AUGCAUCCUCCCACCUUUGAUGGAAGAGGCGAUACGAAUGCAGCGGAGGAUUGGAUUCAAGGUAUUGAAGAAAUAUUCAGUAUUUUGAAGUGUACAGAUCAGCAGAAAGUUCGAUUCGCAGCUUUGAAACUAACUGGAGAAGCGAAGAGAUGGUGGAAUUAUGAAGAAGUCAUUAGGGAAGCCAAGGGGACUAGAGUGAUUGUUUGGGCUCAAUUCAAGCAUAAUUUCUUUGAUCGAUUUUUCUCUAAGGCGGAUAGGGAAGCUAGAGCUAGAGAGUUCAUCAACUUGGUGCAAGGGACCAUGACUGUGCGCCAAUAUGCUGCAAGGUUUGUGGAAUUAUCACGCUUCGCCACAUACCUAAUUCUUGAUGAGGAGAGGAAGACCAGGAAGUUUGAAGAAGGUUUGAACUACAGGAUUUAUGAAUGA